CAUGGCGGCGCUCACCCCCUCCCCGCCGGCGCCCGCCUCCUCCGCCGCCUCCUCUCCACCGCCGCCGAGGUGGCACGGGAGGCGCCGGGCCCCGCCGCGAAGAACACGAAGAAGGCGGCGGCACGCCCCGUCAGGAAGCGGGCGGCGCGCGCCGUCGCCCCCCAGGACGCGAAGGAGGCGGCAGAGGCGGCGCCGGAUGCGGAGGGCGCGAAGAAGGCGGCAGAGGCGGCGCCGGAUGCGGAGGGCGCGAAGAAGGCGGCGGCGGCGGGGACCAAGGACUCGCGCCCGCUGUACCGGCGACUGUCGGCGCUGGGGAACGCCGGGGAGGGGAGCGUCUCCGCGGUGAUGAACAAGUGGCUGCGGGAGGGCCGGGAGACGCGCUCCGUGGAUCUCGAGCGCUACGUCAAGGAGCUCCGCAAGUACAAGCGCCAUUCCCAGGCCCUCGAGUUGAUGGAUUGGAUGGUUCAUACAAAGGGUAUGAACAUGUCGUACACUAACCAUGCAAUACGUUUGGAUCUCAUCUACAAAGUGCGUGGCAUCGAGGCAGCUGAAAAAUAUUUCGAUGGCCUUCCUGAUCCAGCCAAGAACCAUCGAACCUAUGGUGCACUUCUGAACUGUUAUUGCUCAUCGAAGAAGGAAGAGAAAGCAACAGACCUUUACCGCAAGAUGGAUGAGCUUGGAAUCUCAUCCAGCACUCUGCCCAUCAACAAUCUCAUGUCCCUAUACAUGAAGUUAGGCCAGCAUAAGAAGGUUUGUAGCCUGUUUGAGGAGAUGAAGGAGAAGAAUGUUAAACCGGAUAACCUGACGUGCUGCAUUCUGAUGACCAGCUGUGCGGCAUUGAACAAGAUAGAUGACGUUGAACAAGUUCUAAAAGAAAUGGAAGAAAAGGGUGGGGUUCUAGGGUGGUCUGCAUACAGCACACUGGCUUCCAUCUACCAGAGCGCUGGUUUGGUUGAAAAAGCAGAGUCUGCUCUGAAGAAACUUGAGGGCCUUGUUCAAGAUCGUGAUGGCAGACAGCCUUUUGACUUUCUCAUGAGUCUGUAUGCUUCCGUAGGCAAUCUGAGCGAGGUCAAGAGGGUGUGGGGCGUGGUUAAGGACACUUUCCCAAAAGUGACUAACACGAGCUACUUCAGCAUGCUGCAGGCUCUUCUUAAGCUCAAUGACGCCGAUUACAUGAAGCAGGUCUUUGAGGAAUGGGAGUCUAAUCAUGAGUGCUACGACGUGAAGCUGACUAAUGUGAUGACUCGAGCCCACCUGAAGAAUGGCAUGGCCAAGGAAGCAGAACAGUUGUGGGAGAAGGCCAAGGAAAUGGGUGCAUGUUUUGACUCUAAAACAUGCGAGUUGUUUCUCGAUCACUACAUGGGGACAGGGGACAUGAAAUCAGCGCUGAACUGGGUGGAGAAUGUGACGAAGCUCCCCAAGAAAGCAGGGAAGCUGGAUCCUGAUAAGAUCCCGAAGUUCUCCAAGUACUUUGAAGAGCAGAAGGAUGUGCAAGGCGCUGAGAGGUUCUGCAACUGCCUGAGGGCGCUCGGGUGCAUGGACGGCAAAGCAUACGAGUCCCUCCUGCGGACCUAUCUGGCGGCCGGCGAGACGAGCCGCUCCCUCCGGCAGCAGAUCAAAGACGACAAAAUUGAGAUCUGCUACGACAUUGGGAAGCUGCUGAAGAGGUUGGGCGAGGGACGAUGAAAUGGUACCUGUUUCUGCCCCUAGCUUACGUCGGUGGUUUCUUCCGAUUCCUUCCAUGAACGAAUAACAGAAAGCAGAUAUUUUAGGUGAGAAGUGUUGCCGGCCCUUGUUCUGGCUCAUCGGCGUUUGGUGCUUUUGCAAGAAGAAGCAGAACUAGGCCGGAGCAAAGAUUUUUUACUCUAGCACAACUUGUAAUCUGAGGAGGGUUUUCUCCUACAUUUCUUUCUUUUUUGCCUUUUCGCCUUUCUUCUGUAUGUAUUGGCUGUUUCAGACAUCGAGUACUGGAGCAAGGAUGCUACUACUACAGGAUCGUUUCUUAUUC